CUACAAUACAUUCAUGAAUGACACUCAGACUUGAUUUGUCAUGGCACACCAAGUCAUGAAGCCACCACCAUGUCUGUCCACUGGGCUCGGUGCCAUUCUUCAAGGCAUGUACUCAUUAUUCUACAGACAGACAGGGCCAUGCACUCACUCAUUUGUCAGUCGGCAGCAGGCUAGACUGACACGAUUAGGUCGGUCAGAAGACCUUGAUACAGGCCUACAAAGCCCUCAAACAUCUCUCUGCCUCAAUAGACCAAUACAAUCAGCUUCCAAUUCCGCAAGUAUCUCCAAAGGUCAAUGUUCUUGUUCUCCGUGGAAGUGAAUCCGUCGGCUUGGCUGCCAUCGACGAACAGCACACCAACCGCCUUAUCGCACCCGAUCAGAGCAGCAUUCAGCUUGCCAAUGGCUGCCACUUGACCUGUCUUUUCCACUUCGUCUGUCAUGGCGCUCCAGCUCACUUUGACGCCAACCAGCUGGUGCUUCUUGUUUCUUGAUGGGCGGAAUGGCAGUUCCCUGCUGACAAAUGACUGGACGGUCCCAUUGGAGUCCACAUAAGGUCGGUGGGGGUAGGCUUGGAAGAGCUGCGUCACGUUGCCCCACGCAUCGGCGGCUCCCUCCAUGACGAUGUCGACACCCAUGUCGCGGGACCUGGUGGUGCGCGUCUUGUUCUCCUUCAUAUAGUCGACUAGAAGCCCUAUCAGCUUGAUUCCCGUCUCGACCAGCUCCACUUUGUUGAGAAACUUAGAGUCCACGUUCAAAUAACCCGCCUCAAGCAGCCGCUUUUCGAUGGUGCUUUCCUGCUGCCCGUCAGGAGUGGUCAGGUGGCCUCGAGCCGCUGUCUGUCCCAAGGGCCUGACUGCCACAUUGGCCUGCAUGGACAUCCAUACAACAUAUACACCAUAGCUUGAGGGAACAACGGCCCGUCUUGUCUCCCAGAGGCGGACGGGCUCUCGUCUCUGAUGCUGGGAUUACCUGUGUGGCUGUCAGUGGGACCACUGGUGGACAGAAACCACUGCCAAAGGGCGGCACGGUCAUCAGGAGCACCGAAAGAGGGACAAGCUGGAAGCUCAUCUCACGACGUGAGCGAUGAAUGACUAGACAAAAGGAUGGCAAGAUCCUUCCCCAAUGAGUGAGGAGUCUCCAGACGAUGUCGCUGUG